AAAAUGGAUUUAUAAAGCGUGAAACUGGUUUCCCAACAACAGCACGAGCAGCAAACUCACCGAAACUAAAUUUUGCAAAUUAAAAUCAAACGAACGUUCGCCUUUCUGAAGAAUUGUAAGUCUUAUUAAUACCCUGACAUGUUUCUCCAAUCGUUUGAUAACGGUAAGAGAGCAAUAUAUUGUGAGUUUUUCAGGGGAAAACCUUUAAACUUUCCUGCUCGGACAUUUGCAUGAACAACCCGAAUGGAAUCGUAGUUUGCGCGGGCAAGAUCUGAUCUCGUUUUCUUGUCGGCAUUCUUGAAGUCCUCGAGCACUUAUUUCAUAAACGAUGAAUUCUUCUUUUUUUAAACGUUUUACUCUGAACAACAGAUUGCUCUUUAUUCUGUUUGUUUUUCCUUCGAUCAUCCAGCAAUACAUUCGAUAAAAUGGGCACAAAUCCAAAGCUAAACCACUCAAGUUCGCCUAAAACUGUCUACAAACGGUAGGCCCCAAGAGGGGGAUUUUUGCCGUUCGUGAGAAAACGAACGCGAUGCUCGGCUUUAAUAAAUAUGAUCUUUCAAUGAUAACUUGUUCGCUAUUUAACUAUUUUUAGAUGCCCCUGCAGUCUGUGAGAGAAUUUCGUGAUUACGAAGUGCUGAGCGACUUAGUAUUAUAUUUACAAUACGUUAUAUUGAUAUGUGCCGAGAUAGGAUGAUAAAUUUGAAUGAUUUUAGUAAUUUCUUGGUACAUGUGUAGCUUCAGCGAAGAGGUCACGACAAGCCAAGUGCGAUCAGAAGAUAUCCAUUGGCACGAGCUUACUAGAGCUGUUGAGAAAAGCGAACAACAGUCUGUUUCAUGGCCUUCCGAAAAAGAUGUCAAACAACUGAAGGAAGAUGAUCUUUCCGAAAGGGAGUAUUUUGGAGAUGCUGAAACAUCCUCCUCUGAUUCAGAAAAAGAGAGAGGUGAUUACGAAGACCCGAGGGGUGAGGAGGGUACAACUCUGAAGAGUGGCGGUGGCCCAAAUCAGCCUCAACAGUGGAAUCGUAAUGUUCCAUCAAACAGGCGGUUUGAAAAUCAACAAUUUGAUCAAGACAACAAACGAAACAGUGCUGACUUUUCUGAACCACCUCGUGCUUUCAACUGGACAGCCCCUGGGACGGUUCCAAGUGCAUCUUCACACCCCGAGCAAUGCACAGUGGAAGUUUUUGGACUUCCACCCAGCGCAUCCGAGGAUCUGGUAAUGAAUUAUUUCGAGAAUGCCAAGCAAUCUAAGGGAGGCCCUGUGUCUACUGUAGUCAUAAAUCCCGUAUCUCAGAAGUGCCUGGUGACUUUUGAAUCCGCUGAGGACGCCAUCAGAACGUUGGAACACUCCCCUCACACUUUAAGUGGUGCAAGUCUCCAAGUUUCGCUGUAUGAAGAAUUCGAAGAUGAAAAUCCUGAUGACUUUGACGAAAACACAGUGGGGGAAGACGGCUGUACUGAUGAAAAUGAUAUCAUCAUAAUUGUCAGCGGCAUCUUACCGUCUACUAGCGAGGACGCCGUAGUAAACUACUUUGGGAAUUCGAGACGAUCUGGUGGAGGUGAAAUUUCCAACGUCCAUUAUACUGACGACGGGGAAGCCAUAAUAACUUUUCUUGAGGUGAAAGAUUUAGAACGACUGCUUGAGAAGCCACAUGCAAUCGACGGAAAAGCUAUAACAGUUGUACGCCAGCUUCCCAAGAAAAAGUUACCACUUGACCCAGUUAAAGUUCACGUACGCGGAAUCAGCGAAAAGACCACUGAAGACUGCUUACGGUUUUACUUGGAGAAGUUCAGUGACACUAAAGUCGUGGAAGUGUAUCUUGGUCGUAGCAACGACGCGCUUGCAACUUUUGAAUCUGAACCAGAUUUUAAAUCGCUGUUCUUCAAAAUAAACGAAGAUAGAAAAGGUCUCGAAGGAAAGAAACCUCAGUUGAAGCGUGUGCAUAUCUGCUCAUGUAUUCUAGUGACAGGAUUGAAAAAAGAAACAACUAAUGACACAAUAGCAUUGUACUUCGAAAACGAAAAACGGAGUGGAGGGAAAGACGUCAGUCACGUGGAAAGAAAAGGAAAAGACCAAGCCUUGGUUUAUUUUGAAGAUCCCUCAAGUGUUCGAAAUGUCACGGCCAAGAGUCAAUCUCAAGGCCAUACCCUUGAAGGACAAAACUUGGAUGUGAAGCCACACUAUCCUUUCCUUGAAGAUACUUCAACGCAAAAAAAGGAAAUCCCUUUUGAUUCAAAAGUCUUUGAAUAUAUUCAGAUGUGUUAUGGGCCUGAACUGCUAACGUUGCUCAAAGAGCACGAAGUACAUGUUGAACUCUCAAGGGAUUCUCAGAACUCGAUCAUCACUAUCUCUCCUUCAGGAAAAGGCAAAAGAGACUCUGAACAGUCGUGGAAAGAAAAGACAGAGAUCUUGGAAUGUUUCUUGCAUAGCUUUAAGAUAGAUGAAAUUUCCAUUGAUUCAGAAAUCGUCGACGAGAUAGCACAACGUUGGCAGAAGUACAGCUCCAGUCAAGGACCAACAGGUUUUGUCUCUUUUGAUGAUCACAGGCGAAUAGCCCUCCUCGUUGGUAAAAAGGUAUUCGUGGAUCAAGAAAAGAAUAAGUUGCAAGGGCUGAUUGACGAAGUUAAAGAAGACAAGAAGUUCAUGAAGUCUCUGGUACAAGUCACCGUAACCAACAUCCCCAAGUCCAGGCUUAUUCUGUUAGAAAUGUCAGGUCUGUGUCAAACACUUGCGCAAAAGCAUGGCCAUUUGAACAUCAACGUCGAUAGCGACGGUCAAAAACUGUGUUUAAAAGGUCCUAGAAAACUUCUUCAGCAGGUCAAAGUGGAAGUAAUCACUUUUAUUUCGAAGGUAGUCGAGCAGACAACUGAGCUACCGCCCAACGUCAUCAAUGUUUUAAAAAGAAAAGACGUUUCCGGAUUUAUACAGGACCUGUUAAGACAGAGGUCCAUACAAGCGGUAGUCCUUUUCGAUCAAAGUCAAAGUUCCAACGAGGUUCAGGUGGUUGGUGUUGAUUCAAGGAGCACAAAAGCAGCUGAAAAUGAGUUGCAGAGUGCCAUUGGUGAGAAGAGUCUCCAUUUGACACCUGAGAAUGCCCAACUGCUUGGGACUCGCAAGUGGAAAGAUCUUCAGUCUUCGCUGACAUCAACAUUUAAAGUUGGAAUAACAGUUGAUAAUCGUGCCGGCACUAUAUGGGUCAGUGGAAUUGCCAAAGAUAUUGAAGAAAGUUACCAUGCAGUAAAGAUGUUUUUGGGGAUCAACACAAUGUUACAUGCCACAGUCCCAACCGAGGCAGGAUCCGCAAAAUUCAUUUCCACAGUGUGGAAAGAAAAGCUUGAUGGCAUUAAAAGAGUACUCUCAGGUUUUUCAAUUGACAUGAGAGUUACCGCUGAUUGUAAAGGGAUUGAAGUUUCUGGCACCGCCGAAGGACUACAGAAGUGCUUGCCACGAUUUCACGAAGUCAUUGAUGCUGGUAAGAAAGACUCUGUUACAGUUGACAAGCCUGGGGUGAAGAAAUUUUUCUUAGCGGAGAAAGGGCCUAGUUUCCUGAAAACAGCAGAGGAAAAAAACAAGUGCGUUAUCUUGGCCACUGAAUGUAGUGCGGAUGAAGCCGGUGUAGAUGCAGAGGCUGAGGAAGAAGAAGAGAAAGAAGUACGGUCGACCGCAGAGUUGUUUUGUAGCUACUCGACAAAAGAGGGGAAAACCAUUUCAGUCAUGAAAGGAGACAUAACGAAAGAUCGCGUAGAUGUCAUUGUUAAUGCCGCUAAUGGUGAAUUAAGACACGUUGGAGGCCUUGCAGCAGCUAUUGUAAAAGCAGGUGGUAAAAAGAUUCAUGACGAGUGCAACGCUUUUGUGAUAGAGAUUGGUCCUCUACUUGAAGGUCAAACACAUAUUACCACCGCCCGAAUGUUGCCUUGCAAACACGUUAUCCAUGCUUAUGGACCUAGAUGGGAUUCCGAAGCGGACAGAGCAAGAAGAAAUGAAGAAGAAACGAAGCAGGAACGUUGCCUGAGGCAUGCAGUCGCAAGUUCUCUCAAAAAGGCAAGAGACCUGAGAUCAAUUGCAAUUCCAACAGUCAGUUCUGGUGUGUUCAACUUUCCUUGCGACCUUUACGUUAAAGUCAUUUUGAAUACUGUCCUCGAAUUCUGCAAAGAAGACCCACAUUGCAAGCUAUCAGAGAUCCACCUAAUCAACAACGAUGACGCAACAGUGAAGGUGUUCGCGGAUGAAUUGAGAAGGAGAUUUAGAACAGAGAGGAAUUUUACCGAUCUGAAGAGUAGCAAACCUGCAACCUCUGUGGCUGGAAUUGUUAGUAGAGCAAAGGGAAUGGCAAUGAUGGGGCCUCCGAGAUCCUUGAUAACUCAAGGAAUUCGUAUCACAGUGAAAAGCAGCGACCUGGCCAAAGAACAGGUAUUCAUGGCUAAA